GAGCUUCCUGGGACUGUGUUUUUCAGGGCGGCGAGGAGGACGCUGGUAGCGGGAUAACCCCCGUCUUAGUCCUGUCUGUCUUCACGGCCAUCUUGGGGUCCCUGCAGUUCGGAUACAACAUCGGGGUGAUCAAUGCACCACAAAAGAUCAUUGAGCAGAAUUACAAUGCGACGUGGAUGCACCGCCAAGGCGUGGAGAACGCUACGUCCAUCGACCCCGGGGUCCUCAACAUCCUGUGGUCGUUGUCGGUCUCCAUCUUCUCCCUCGGCGGCAUGCUCGCCUCCUUUAUGGUUGGCGUGGUCUCUGAAUGGCUUGGCAGGAAGAGAGCCAUGAUCAUCAACAACAGCCUGGCCUUUCUUGGCGGAGGCCUGAUGGGGCUGGCGAAGCUGGGGAAAUCCUACGAGAUGAUGAUCUUUGGGCGGUUCAUGAUUGGGGCUUUCUCAGGAUUUGCCUCAGGACUUGUCCCCAUGUAUGUGGGGGAGAUCUCCCCCACCAAACUUCGGGGGGCUUUGGGUACCCUGAAUCAGCUGGCCAUUGUCAUUGGAAUACUUUUUGCCCAGGUGUGUGGCCUGGAGACCCUGCUGGGGACAGAGACCCUGUGGCCCCUCUUGCUGGGCGUCACCGUGGUCCCCUCCAUCCUCCAGCUCCUGCUGUUCCCUUUCUGCCCGGAGAGCCCGCGCUACCUGUACAUCGUUCGAAACAAGGAGUCCAAGGCCAGAGAAAGUCUCAAGCGGCUGACCGGCUGCCAGGAUGUGAGUGCCGCCCUGACUGAGAUGAAGGAGGAGAAACGCCGCAUGGACAUGGAACACAAGGUCUCCAUCGCCCAGCUCUUCCGCUCCCGCGUCUACCGUCAGCCGCUCUUGAUUGCGGUGGUCCUUCAGCUCUCCCAGCAGCUGUCCGGCAUCAACGCGGUCUUCUAUUACUCCACUGACAUCUUGACCAAAGCUGGCCUGGAGCAGCCCAUUUACGCGACCAUCGGGACGGGCGUGGUCAACACCAUCUUCACCAUCGUUUCGGUGUUCCUGGUCGAGCGGGCAGGAAGGCGGACGUUGCACCUCGUAGGCUUAUUGGGGAUGGGCGUCUGCGCCCUCUUAAUGAUGUUCUCGCUCCUCUUCCUGAAAAGUGUGCCGUCGAUGGGCUACCUCAGCAUGGUGGCCAUUUUCGGCUUUGUGGCCUUCUUCGAGAUCGGGCCGGGCCCCAUUCCGUGGUUCAUUGUGGCAGAACUGUUCAGCCAGGGGCCCCGUCCAGCUGCGAUGGCCAUGGCCGGCUUUGCCAACUGGACUUGCAAUUUCAUCAUUGGCAUGAGUUUCCCGUCCAUCCAGGAGGCAAUUGGGGCUUACGUCUUCCUCAUCUUCGCCAUCCUUCUCUUUGUGUUCGCCAUCUUCACGUACCUCAAGGUGCCCGAGACCCGCGGGCGCACCUUUGACGACAUCGCCGCCACAUUCCGACGCACCCCGUCUUUGUUGGAUCGCGAGAUCAAGCCGUACACCGAGCUGGACGAACUGAGCCCAGACAACCACGAAUGAAGGGACAAGGGGGACGACAGAGAAGGGAGUCAUGGACACGGUCUGUGGAAUCAGGGAUGGUGGCAAAGAUACCCGGGUUUGUCUAGCACUUUAAGGCCGCGAGCCCCGGGGAGAGGGGCUUGCGGUCUGGGCCAAACAGUUCAUUUGGUCCGGUUGCAUUUACUUUUUUAAAUUUGUUUUUAGAAGAAAAGCAAUAGAGGGGGGUCGUUUUUAUCAGUGAGACGAUUAGGGAGGGCAGGUAACUCUUUUCAUGUUGCGGCAGAAAAGUCGCACAAGGAGUGGCCAGUUUUGUCACUGCUGUAAAUAUGGCUUUGCGGGUAGGCUGGUGGGGUGGGAAGGUGCCUCCUCGGCAGCCUCUUUUGCCUAGAUUUGCCCAAAAUUCCCCAAAGCACAUUCUGGAGGAAGAGCCACCCCCCCCAAGAGAGACACCGGCGGCCAACUGGCCCUCUCCAAAGACUUCCUUCGUUUUCUACCUGUUGGCCUUGGGUAGGACUGAGUCCUGUUUCCCUGAGUGCCUUGACCUGGGAUGUACACUCAGGAGUGCCCCAGAACAUGGGCAGAGUGCCUUCCCACUCACCCAGGAGACUCCACUGGCAGCCUUUGUCCUUCGGGGCAUCCACGUGCUCCAGAGUGCCAAUUUUCGGGCCAGGUUUGUCACCUCUUAGACAUCAAGCCCUGGAUACGUGAAGAUGGAGCCCAGACGAGGCGGCGUCGGCGGGAGAGGUGGAGGGCGCUCCUGAACCACGUCCAGGCUGUGGGAUGCAGCCAAGGGCUCCUCCAGGGUAGGAGGAGUAGGCUACUAGUCCCCAGCCCAGGCGCGCAAGACAGGGAGAGAGGCAUUCCCUUGGGUGCUCUCUUGGCGUGGCCUGGGGUGGGGACCCCCCCGUUGACCCCCCUGUUGACCCCCCUUUAUCCUUGCGCCUCUUUGGCCCCUUCCCCUUUCUCUGAGGCAGGGGGCCGAGAGCGAGAGAGGGGCUGCUCCUCCAGAGAGCUGAACCGAUGCACUGAAACGUCCCAGCUGAGCCAGCCCGUGCCUGGUCCGGGCCAGGAAGGACUUGGCAGGGCGGCUGAUCAGAUGGCACUGCUAAAACCCCGGUCUUCGGCCUCUCCAGGGCCCUCGCGGUUACAAGACCGCUGCCUCCCAAACUACUGCAGGGGCUCGCCCAGGGAGAUUAAAAGAAAACCUGGCGUUAGCUGAUUUUACGACCCAGAAAGUUGUUCAAAAGAAAAAAAUUCUUCCCAUUUAGAAUAGCAAAAGGGAUCGCUGUGCAACUGACUUCCUAUCUUGCCAAGCACGCUCACGUGCCUCCCAUCCAGGUAUGAGCUGGUUUGAACCCAGUUGAAUUCUAUCCCCCAGCUUGUCCCAAGGGCCCCGGGCUUUCGAAAGACGGGGAGCUUCCCAGGAAUUAGUUUUCUAGCAGAGAUCUGUGGUUGUGUCACACUUUCAAAAUUGCCUCAGUUUUCAUUCCCGGUUUGAUUCUUCAGCACUUUUGACCACUGCAGUUUUCAAGCAUCUCUUUGCAUCCAUCCAGGUUAGGAUUUGGAUUUUUUUUCCUAUUAAAGCACAGCAGUUUAAAAUAGAAGCCGGUGGACUGCAUCACUCCAGAAAUUUUGUUACCUGUGCAGAACUCAGAAUAGAAAUGAAAAGAUGUGAGACUCCACGACUCUAAAAAAACAAGAGAUUAAGUUUUCUGCUCUAAGGGUGCAAAGGAUUUGGUUUUCAGCUUAUGUAAUUGGAGAAAAUGUCUUAAAAUUGCAGGCAGGUUUUUGUGUGUGCAUGUUACCUUUUGUAUUUCUAGAAAAAUGGUAUUUGUAUAUAAAGAACGGA